AUGUAUCGGGUGGACGUCCUCGACGGGAGGAAGCUUGACGAAGGAAAUGCUUAUGAAACGUGCGCCCACGCCAGUGGACCCGCCUGCGCCGCCGGAAGCGAAGGCGCACCGCAUACAGCUCAGCCUGUAGGCGUAGCCUUCGAAGUGAUACUCGUCUUGCCUCGGCCGCGCACUGGUUCCGGCCCCGGCGGAAGUGACGCUCCGACCGAACAUGGCGGCGCGCGCGCAGGAAGUGCGCAGCUUACCUACGGGACGGGUCGUCGACGGGACAUCUCCGCCGGCGGCGGUCUGGUCCGACACCGCCGUCCACCGCUCAGCGCAGCAAGCGAGCCCGCAUGCGCCGAUACCGAUAUCCGCAAAAGUGCGCGCGAUCACUACCUUGCGAAUAAAUUAUUCGUGCUGUUAUCUAAAAAUAUUCGUGUGCGACGCAGAGCACUCGCAACCCGCAGCCUGAGCCGACGCGGAGUUGCACACGCGAACCGCUUCCAAGUUGCGGGGAGACUGAUGAGGGCAGGCCGCGCCGACACCGGCGGAGGCUCCGACGCACGCGCACACUACCGUCCGUCCCUCUCUUCGCGCGCGCCGCGCCUGCAGAGCGAGCGGGACCACGACAACUCAUUAUCACAGCGGCGACUCGUGAACACCAAUAGACCGAGGAGUAGGGACAAAAUAUUCGACCUUCACUUCACGACGCACACGAGCGCGCACGGUGAUCGCGUCGCGACGAGCACCACACACGCGCGCGUUCCUCGCAAAUUGCUCGCUGCCGCCGCGCCGCCGCCGGUGUGCUACAUUUGA